AUGUAUGCUGAAUGUGGUUUUGCCGGCGAGACGGGGCCGAGAUUCAUCAUUCCCAGUGAAGUUAAACGCGCCGGAUCUCCGGAGGCGGUUCGAGUCGUCCAGUACAACAUCAACACUGAGGAGCUCUACAGCAUCCUGAAGGAGUUCGUUCACCUGCUGUACUUCCGGCAUCUGCUGGUGAAUCCUCGAGACCGGCGCGUGGUGAUCGUUGAAUCCGUCCUCUGUCCUUCACACUUCAGAGAGACGCUCUCCAGAGUCUUCUUCAAGCACUUUGAGGUCCCAUCGGUCCUGUUUGCUCCGGGUCAUCUGAUGUCUGUCAUGACUCUGGGCAUCCAGUCUGCUCUCGUCAUGGACUGUGGAUAUACAGAGACACUGGUGCUACCAAUCUAUGAAGGCGUUCCGAUCCUGUCUGCAUGGGAAGCUCUGCCGAUGGGAGGAAAAGCCAUUCAUAGGGAGCUGCACAGUCUGCUGAGUGAGCAAUGCACGCUAGACACCGACUCUGGCACCGGCCUCAGUCUGCCCACCGUCAUCAGUUCUGUUCCAGAGGAUGUCGUGGAGGAUAUCAAAGUGCGAGUGUGUUUCGUUAGUGACCUGCAGAGGGGCAUGAAGAUCCAGGAGGCCAAAUUUAACAUGGACGGAUCUGCUGAGAGACCGGCUCCUCCCCCAGAUGUGGAAUAUCCGUUGGAUGGCCGGAAGAUUCUGCAUAUCAAGGGAUCCAUCAGAGACUCUGUGGCCGAGAUGUUGUUCGAGCAGGAUAACGAGGAGAAAUCCAUCGCCACGCUGCUGCUGGACACUUUGGUGAAGUGUCCCAUUGACACUCGCAAGGUUCUGUCGGAGAACGUGGUGAUAAUCGGCGGUACGGCCAUGCUUCCCGGGUUCCUGCACCGACUGCUGUCUGAGAUCCGCUCGCUGGUGGAGAAACCCAAGUACUGCGAUGCUCUGGCUACCAAGAGCUUCCGAAUCCACAGCCCACCCGCCAAACCCAACUGCACCGCUUGGUUAGGAGGUGAGCAAAGAACGGCACGGCCGAGGCUUUGAGACUCCUGACCUCUG